ACCAGGCGCUGUUUUGCUUUUCGAUGUUUUGUCGCAGUCCCGGCCGGGCUGAAAAUGGCGGAGAGUUCAGAACGGCAAAGCCUGAUGGAUGGAGAGGGUGACUCCUUCCCGAGCCGCGAUGGCGGCUCCUCGAAUUCAAUGUUGGCCAUAUGCGAUCCGACUCGACUGGCCCAUAGAUUCGUGGUAUUGCUGUUAAUGUGCUUUUUAGGUUUUGGGAGUUAUUUCUGCUAUGACAACCCGGCCGCCUUGCAGACGCAGAUUAAGCAGGACAUGGAGCUGAAUACGUCCCAGUUCAUGCAGCUGUACGCCUGGUACUCCUGGCCCAAUGUCGUCCUAUGCUUCCUGGGAGGAUUUUUAUUGGACAGAGUCUUUGGCAUUAGGCUGGGGACAGUCAUCUUCUCCAUCCUUGUGUGUGUUGGACAGGUCAUAUUUGCUGCUGGUGCACUUUUCAAUGCUUUCUGGUUGAUGGUAUUUGGACGUUUUGUCUUUGGCAUUGGAGGCGAGUCCUUGGCUGUGGCCCAGAAUACCUAUGCUGUGAACUGGUUCAAGGGGAGAGGUCUGAACCUUGUGUUCGGUCUUCAGCUCAGUAUGGCGCGUCUGGGUAGCACCGUGAACAUGAACGUGAUGGGACUGGUGUACCACCGAAUCUGGGACUGGAGGGGGUCCACGGGCUACUCCACGCUGGGCGUCGUGCUGAUGAUUGCGUCCGCUACAUGCGUGUUCUCCUUGGCUUGUGCGGUGAUCCUUGGCUACCUUGACAAACGGGCUGAACGACUUUUAAACAAAGAAGAAGGCAAAACCGGAGAAGUGAUCAAGCUGUCUGAUGUGAAAGACUUCCCCCCCUCUCUCUGGCUCAUCUUCAUCAUUUGCGUGGGCUACUAUGUGGCUGUCUUUCCCUUCAUUGGGCUUGGCCAGGUUUUCUUCAUUGAAAAGUUCAAUUUUUCACCAGCUGAAGCAAGUGCUAUUAACAGUGUUGUGUACAUCAUCUCAGCCCCAGCAUCGCCCAUCCUUGGCUUCAUGGUGGAUAAGACUGGGAAGAACAUACUCUGGGUGGUGAUGGCUGUUGUCGUCACUCUGGCUUCCCAUAUGAUGCUUGCCUUCACCUUCUGGAACCCCUGGAUUGCUAUGAGCCUGCUGGGUGUGUCCUACUCUCUGCUAGCAUGUGCGCUGUGGCCCAUGGUUGCCUAUGUGGUCCCAGAGCACCAGCUGGGAACUGCCUAUGGAUUCAUGCAGUCCAUACAGAAUCUGGGUCUGGCUCUGAUCUCUAUGGCGGCGGGGGGCAUCCUUGACAGCCGGGGUUACCUGUUCCUUGAGGUCUUCUUCUGUGCUUUUGUCUGCUUGGCCCUGGUUGCUGUUGUGGUGCUGUACUUCCUCAAUCUUAUCAGAGGAGGAGAACUGAACUUGUCACCAUCCGCCAGGGCCGAACUCCACAAGGACAGUCCGUCUGAAUCAGAGUGAUGACACUGAGUCGUGAGGCUCAAGCUGGCUGUCACCACUGACCUGAGGAGCCUCAGCCGUUGUUUACCCGGGGCUCCUCCCACAGCACUGACAGACCGCCCACAUUUUACGCAGACUCCUCCCACAGUGCACAUGGGGCUCGCAGUGUACUCUCCUCCCAGGGUUGUAUAGAGAGCUCUGCUCCAGUGCCACCUUUUAAUUGUCCCUCAUACACAUCGCCCUGCAAAAUUUUUACGACGUAUUGGUCAGUUGUUGCACUAUCUACGUUUCAUUUCUAGAGAUGCAGACAAAGAGCCAGGUAAUAAGGACGAAAGUUGCUUUCCUGAGUUGUGUAAAUCGGCUCAUUGUACCCUGGCCAGAGCUCUGCCAGUCCCUGGGUGGUGACGGGUGGGCUUAAGGCACUUGCUUCACUGUUAUGGGCUCUACUGGAAUGCCACUUUCCUCUUAAGUGUGUUUGUGUGUGUAUGUCCUUGUUGAGUGAUCUGUUGUACAAGCAGCCCUUUUCUGAAUGAGCAUCCAUUGAUUUUUAUUUUUUUAUUUUAUUUUUUUAUCGUGUCAGAUCUUAAAGGUUCUUAAAAUGCGUAUGUGAUGGUGGCAUCAUGCAUUCAAAACAGUUCAAUCAGCAAAUGUCUGAUUUAUUUAUCUGUAACUGAACAUUAGGCUGGGUCACAGUGUUCAUUUAAUGGAUGGGUCUCCCUGUUGUCUUGUUACUUUUACAAUGUCAAGCUGCUUGCUGUUCAUCUCUCUGCUGACUUCAGCAUUGAAUUGCCAGCUGCAGUUAAAGGUCUGUUCAUGCCGGAAUCCUGUUCCAGGCCGCCUGCGAUUCUAUUAAUGCCAUUACUGGGUGGUAACAGCAGGCUCUAUCUCUCAGUCACUGAUGUUUGGGCAUUAGGUGUUACAAAGGAUGCUGGGAAUGUUCUUUAUUCCAAACGUGGACUCCUGAGCUGUCCUGGUAACGGCCAUGUGCUCCAGACCAAACUUUUAAAAAUUUCAGACUGUGAGCUUUGCGGCAAAAACUCCUGCAAUACUGAACAUGUUAAACUGCUUCUACGUUUGCUUUGAACAGGGGGGUCUCCUAUCUGAUUUGAGUGGUCUCUGCUUUUUUUUUUUAAUCCCUCAACAUAAUGUGUGCCCAGUUUUUAAAAUUAACUACAUAAAAGCACAGUUUUUACUAAACGCAUCCAUGAUAAGGUGCCUGCUUUGUAGUACGACUAUGAUCUUAUCAAGAACACCGUCAGGAAAAAAAGUACUAAUUUGUACCUUUGCUUGUCCCUGGGGCUAUACCCUCAAGGGUCUGCCAAUUGUACCGUAGCUGUAGGUAAAUGUACCAUUUAGUCUAAUUAAAGCUACAGAAAUGGACUCUGAGGAACAUCCCCAAGGUACUAAAAUGUUCUCAUAGUCCAUUUCUCUAUCUUAAAAGGUACAAUUACCUACAGCUAAGGGUACAAUUGGCAGACCCUUGAGGGUACAGCCCAAGU